AAAUUGUGCGCCAUGUAGAUUCUAAGCAUGCGUCGUCACAAUUUGGCGCGAAGGACUAGGCGGUCGAAACAAACAGGCUGAAUUAAGGUAUCCUCAAGAAGUUUACAGAAAAUUCCCGCGAUGUCGAUGUCAAUGCUUUCGUCAGGGAUUAUUAAGGACAUUUUGGUUGCUGACAGUGACAACCUUCCAUCAAAUCCAGUGGUCCAAGUUCUUGGCUUGAAAAAGUUGCAGUCAUCAAAAGGACCAGAUCGAUUCAGAGUUGUUUUGUCAGAUGGAGUGAAUUACUACACCUCGGCUAUGCUUGGAACACAGUUGAAUGAUAUGGUGGAAGCAGACACUAUCGAGGCAAAGUGUAUUGCUCGGCUGGAGCAAUAUACUUGCAAUGUGGCUCAGAACACAAGAAAAGUCAUUGUUGUUUUGAGUAUGAAGAUAAUAAAACCAGCAACUGAAAUUCCUGGAAAGAUUGGCCAGCCGGUACAACUUUCUGAUCAAAUAACUGUAAUUGAAGAGAUGGCUAAAGAGAUGAAAAUGCAAAAUGGUACAAAAGAUCAACAUCAAAGUUCAAAUCAACAGAAUCAGGUGCAGCCAAUGAAGAGCGCUGAUAGAGGUUUUGGAAAUGGCAACGCCAAUGGACAGCCAAACCCCUAUGGUGCAAAUAAAGGAGGUGGAUUUUAUGGUGGAGGUCCCAAGAUGCAAAACAAACCAGUUGGAGCUGGCGGUAUGAUCAUUCACCCUAUCAGCAGCCUUACUCCCUAUCAAAACAGAUGGACAGUAAGAGCAAGAGUAACAAACAAAAGCUCAAUAAGAACAUGGAGCAACUCAAAAGGAGAAGGGAAACUGUUCAAUGUUGACUUGUUGGAUGAAACUGGCGAGAUAAAGGCAACUGGCUUUAAUGAUGCUGUUGACAAGUUCCAUCCAUUGCUGGAGGUUGGAAAGGUUUAUUUCAUUUCAAGAGGGUCUUUGAGAACAGCAAACAAACAGUACACAUCUCUGAAGAACGAUUAUGAAAUGUACCUGAACAACGACUCAGUGAUAGAGCAGUGCACUGAAGAUGUCGACUUGCCACAAGUUCAAUUCAAUUUCGUGGCUAUCAGUGAGCUGGAGAAAAUAAACAAAGACGCCAUAGUUGAUAUCAUUGGAGUGGUUAAAAGUGCACAAGAUGUUGUCCAGAUAACGACACGGAAUGGCAAGCAGGUUUCCAAGAGAGACAUCAAUGUUGUUGAUCGUUCUGAGGCAUGCGUCAAUGCCACACUCUGGGGAGAUCAGGCUGAAACUUUCGACGAACAUAUGAAUCAAAGUCCAGUUGUUGCAGUCAAAGGAGCUAAAGUUUCAGAUUUUGGAGGCCGAUCUCUUUCCGUGAUGAACAGCAGCGUGUUCCACAUCAAUCCAGAUAUCCCAGAAGCCCAUGAGCUACGAGGAUGGUACGAUAAGGUUGGCAAAGAUGCUGGAGUGAAGUCUCUCUCUGGGCAAAGAACAGAAGGAGGUAUAUCUGGUCAAUUCAAGACACUUGCCCAGAUGAAAGAAGAGAAUCUUGGAAUGGGUGACAAGCCUGAUUACUUCUCAACCAGAGCAUCUGCAAUCUUCUUUAGGAAAGAAAAUUGUCUGUACAAGGCUUGCCCAAGUGCUGAAUGUAACAAGAAAGUUAUUGACGAAGGUGGCGAAUAUCGAUGUGAAAAAUGCAAUCGAUUGUAUCCUGAAUUCAAGUACCGAAUGAUCCUUUCGACAAAUAUUUGCGAUUCAACCUCAAGUCAAUGGAUAACAUGUUUCCAAGAGAGUGGCGAGCAAAUCCUGGGAACAACGGCGGAUGAAGUCGGGCGUAUGAGGGACAAUGAUGAGCGAGCAUUUGAAGAUCUUUUCGCCGAGGCUUCCUUUAGAAUGUACAAUUUAAGACUUCGUGCAAAAGUUGAUACAUACAACGACGAGUCUAGGCUCAAAGUCAUUUGCACAAAUCUGUCUCCUGUCGACUUCUGUGCUGAUUCCCAAAAAUUAUUGGAAGAUAUAAAAAAAUUGGAAAAUAUGUAAAACGGACUGAAUAAACUUGAAAAAGAGUUUUGCUUUUGUAACGGUAUUAAAUUUUUCAUCAUAAACAGUCGUGUUCGUGUUUUGUUCUACGCUGCCAGUGUUACAGUUCUCUUAUUGAUAGAGUAGAAUUUGAGUUAAUGUAUGGUCAGGUAGAUUGGCGGGAAUCUUCACGUGUCAGUAUUUCUAAGAAUCCCUUUUAUUUUUGCUAGUUUUGUCAUACGAUAGCUUGUAAUGUUCAAGAUAAAAUUUCAGAUUUAAGAUGCGUGAGAAAUUGCUGAGCGAUCGGGUCUUCUUAUAGUGUAAUAUUUUGUUGACAAACGAUGGAUUGUAAUCGCUGGUUGUAAUAGGUCAAUAUUCAGUGUCAUUUGAAAAAUACGAAUAGCCAAUGCACACCUCAGAAAUUAUUCUCUGCAUAUUUAUCUAAGAUGCUGUCUCUAGUUAUCUUUGUAUGCCUCGUUAAAUGAUUUAUGGAUUUUUUGAAAAUAAGCUUUUUGUUUCAUUAUUGUAUCAAAAUGAUUUCAUGAUUAGGACAAUUAAGAAACGAGGAGUACUGAAAACAGGCUGAAAAAUCACCACUUUUAAAAAGAGACACCACUUGAAAAUAAGAGCAUUAUUUUUACAUAAAUAAAUAUGCUAGUUGUAUCUUCACCUGUAUUUAGAUCCACUUAUAUGUAAUGCGAAACGUCAGUUCACACUUUUUAUGGUUACUGUGCUCUGUAAUAUUGUAUUCUGUAUAUUGCUGCCGAUCACUAAAUUUAUUACCAAAACUAAUUUGCAUUCCU